AUGUUUAGGAGUUUAUUGGCCCUUUUCAUUGUCAUUUUUCAACAUCGAAAUGUAUGUAAUGGGAUACAACUCAUACUUUUCGAUAACUGGCCGUCAGCUUAUAAUGUGUGCUCAUCCGCUAUAGAUGAUGCAAAAGCUAAUGGGAUGUGCACUACCAAAUCUAUACAGAUAAACCGACAAACCGGUUGUACUGGUGAUAACAGUGUGAAAGCCGCUUCUUAUGCUAUCAACGCGGUAGCAUCCAAAACCUCCGGGGACCUGGAUUUCGUUUUCGUCGGACCAACAUGUACAACUGAUAUUCGUACCAUAGGGGAUUUCGCAGAAUUAUGGAAAACUCCAGUGAUAGGAUACGAGCCAGUGUUCGAAGCACGCGGUGUUCAAGAACUAACAUCUGUCAUCAAUGUUGCCCAGUUUUCGGUCGGCGGCGUGGCACAGACACUUGUUUUUCUGAUGAAAGAACUCAAUCAAAGCGAGAUAACAUUGAUAGGCUCUGUGAAGGUGUUGCCAAACGGGUUCUCAUUAUCGAAUGACUUGAGAAACUAUAACAAGGUUAUGAAAAGCUUUACAAUACGAGAGUAUUUCGAAAUUGAUGAAAAUAAUGCGGAUUGGUCAAAAGUGGAUUAUAGACUAAGACACGGUGCUAGAAUGAUUGUGAUAUGUGUAGACUUUUAUGACAUCUACAGUUCCCUCUACAACAUUGCUAUUAGAACGUUAUCUGGUUUUCGUUUCAUUAUAGUUAUCAUUUUGAACAAACCACCCGAUGAAGUUCUCAACCAACCGAAUAUCAAAAAUUUGUUAUAUGGAUCGAAUGCAUUUAUUAUUUCCCCCUUACAAGAACAGUUCUCGGAUGCUUUAAGUUAUAUGCAAAAUGUAUUACCAACUCUUGCUGACGAGCAGUUCACAUCCUUCCAUCGUAUAUAUCAUGCUUGUUACGCCUACUGCGUGGGCUCAAUGAAUGGUGUCGAGACGCAAACAGAUAACUAUCACCAGGCUAUGCGAGGAAAGGUUGUAACUACGAAAUACGGCGCAUUCACAUUUGACAACAGUGGCUCUGUUCUAACUAACUAUGCGGUUUUCACAGUUGACCCCGCUGACAUGACAUUUGCCAGUGUUAUGACAUUGAAAUCAACACCAAAAGAUUGUGAUUAUUACGACUGCUUUGAGUUGACUUCUAACAAGACGCCUGAUUUGCUUUGGACCCUUAAAGAUAUGGAUCCACCGGAUGAGUGUGUCGCCAGAAAUGCGUGCUCAAAUUAUAUUCCUCAUGUAAUCGCUGGCAUUAUCAUCGUUGUGUCUCUUCUUUGUACCGCCGUCGUAUAUUUGAAACAAAGAACCCACCGUAUGAACAUCUACAAAAUGACAUGGAAAGUCGCAAAUCAUACAUUGAAAAUUAUUGUGAACAAAAACGCGGAUGCAAAAAUGCAACGAGAACUCGAAAACCGAUCAUCCAAAGAUGAAAAUGCUCUCACCUCACGUAGACGUGUAUUCGGUUCGUAUGCUCUGGUGGGAACACAACGUGCUGAGUAUCUUCAGUUCAAACAAGAAAAGAAAAUUAUCUUCCCGGAGGAGACUUUGGAUUACUUGUAUACUUUGCGACAGCUGCAGCAUGAGAACUUGGCCAAGUUUUAUGGAAUUCAAUGCAAUGAUGAUAAUGUGACGACAUUCACCGUUUUGCAUUUACUGGUUGAACGUGGAACACUCGAGGAAUUGUGUUUGGACCGUGAUUUUGGAAUGGAUGAAACUUUCAAGUCGGCAUUCAUGAGAGAUAUUCUGAAAGGCCUUCAAUUCCUUCACAAGGCUUCAAUCGGUUACCACGGACACUUACAUGCAGCCACUUGCCUUAUAGAUAUCAAUUGGGUUCUCAAACUUGCACUUUAUGGGGUCACCAACUUUAUCGUAGAUUGUAUGGACAAUAAAAAUAUCAGACUCCCAGAUCAUGCCGCUCCAAUGAUAACAUAUCCUCAAUACGUGUGCUUCCCACCUGAACAUAUUCGAGAAUACGACGAGACUGGGAAACUACCACCAAGAAUUGUUCGUGGCAGUCCGAAAGGAGAUAUUUAUUGUGUUGGAAUGAUUUUCUACAUGAUGAUUGAACGAGAGGACCCGUAUAUGUUGAUUCACUCAUUGGAGAGACCAAAUCCAGCACUUGUCAAGGAAAUCAUGGAUGAAGGGAAAAUGCCGCGUAUGCCAGUUGAGCAUAACCUAGAGGGUAAACUUUUGGAAAAAUGUAAGGAUUGUUGGAAUCGCAACCCAAUGAUGCGUCCGGAUAUAAAGUCAAUUGUGGAAACUAUCGCUGUAGUCUACCCAACUGCAAAAGGAAACCUGGUAGAUCAAAUGAUUCGUAUGAGUGAGAAAUGGGCAGAUGAGUUGGAAGAUAUGGUUGCUAUUAGGACCGCUGACUUGGCAGCUGCUCAAUUCCAAACUAUGAAACUCCUCAACGAAAUGCUGCCAGCAAGUGUCGCCCAGGAUUUGAAAAAUGGAAUUGUCAGACCACCUAGAAGUUACGAGUCUGCCACCGUUAUGUUUGUUCAGCUUUGUGAAUUCUAUGCGCUGAUGAAGAGAAGUAAACCGGAUGAAGUCAUAAAUUUCCUCAACGACAUUUUCGAUCAAUUCGAUAAAGUCGUUAAAAGACAUGACGCCUAUAAAGUCGAGACGACUGGAGAAACAUAUAUGGUUGCUUCCGGAGUGCCACACGAGAAUGAAGGACGCCACAUUUUCGAAGUGGCUGAAAUCAGUCUGGAAAUUCGUGCAGUGUCAUACACCUAUAUUUUGCCACACGAUAAAGAUUACAAACUCCGCAUCCGUAUUGGUUUCCAUGCCGGACCGCUAGCCGCUGGUGUAAUUGGUAUCCGAUCACCACGCUACUGUCUCUUCGGUGACACCGUUAACUUUGCCUCCAGAAUGCAGUCGAAUUGCCCCCCGAAUCAAAUUCAAACCAGUGAAAUUACAGCAAGACUAUUGUUUGCCACUCAUCAGUACAAAUUGGUGAAGCGAGGAAUUGUUCAUGUCAAGGGAAAAGGAGAAGUAAACUGCUACUGGUUGAAUGAACAUAUUCAUGAAGAUGAAGAGCCAUUGCCACCAAUGACUCCUGUACCAAAUCUCCCUGACCUAGAUGUUCCAGGGCCUUCUGGAAUGACUAAUGUUAUCGACCAUCCUCUGCAAGACUAA